AUGGCUAGCUCACGCCCAACCAGGGGCGUCUCUCUUUUCGCGCUGUCGGCAGCCUUAUACGUGUUUGUUGCACUAAUUCUACCAAGCUUGGCUGCCGCACAAAUCAGUGCUGCCGCACCGGCCGCCGCAAAUGCAACCGUAGCUCUACAGACCCCUGUCAACGUGGCAGAUGCAUGCACGAAAGAGGUGUUCCACAGCUUGACGUACCAUUAUCGCAGCUGCAGCCGGAAGUUCUUCCAUUAUGAAGACCCAGAUGAAGACUGCUGCCAGGGUCUGGCCCACUUCUACGGCCCGGAGUCACCCAUGCCCUCUCGCAACUGCUUCUGUGACGAGACGUAUGCUGCCUGGUUCUCUGCGUUCGAAGACCGUACCUACUACCCCAUGGCGUCAGCGUUCAAAGUAUGCAAGAAGUUCAACAUCACAAUUGGGUACUUUGACGACGGGGAGGGCCCUUGCGCGGGGAAGGAAUACUCCGCAGACGAUAUCGAAGCGACGUGCAUUGACUGCUACACAAGCGCGCCACACGCAUCCCUAGGAAAUUGGCUGUCCCGCUUGGACGAAGACUGGGGCAUCGCUAUGUCGUUUGCCAUCUUCUGGGUUUCUCUAUUUGGCUGCGUCCUUCUGGUGGGUUCCGUGACAUUAGAUUUCGCAAAGGACGCCCAGAGGCUUGUGUCGAGGAAGAAGACUUGACUCAGAACGUUAGGUAGUUACUUAGAGCAAGGACAGGUCCAAGAACUUCAUGUAGACCCAGUGUGGUGCUCAUUUAUCGGAAGCGCGGCCACUUUGAUGGCGUCGAAACUCUCUGAAGCUCUGAGCUGAUGCAAGGCUCUCCUAUAUUUGAAUUAUGGUUACUGAUCACGGUCAC